UGAGCCUCUGGGAUCGCUGUCGCAGCUCGCCCAUCGUCCCUGCCCACUGCGCGGACUCAAACUCAGUGGCGAGCACGAAGGUGACAGACUCCUAGAUUUCGGAGUAGCCCUGCCCAGAAGCCGCGGCAUCUGCGUCCGCACGGCCCCCAGCCCAGACAGGUGCUGCGCUGGAACUGUUCUGAGCCCGCCGGUGACGCCCGCCGGGUCCCGCUGGCCUUCGAGCCCAGCCAUCCGCUUGCCGUCGGGGCAUCCCGGGGCCUCGGGCCCGGCCGCAGAGCGGAUGCGCGCCCGCUGAUCGCCCCGACCCGGCCCGAUAUGGCCGUGCGCCCCGGCGCGCUCUGGAUACUGGGCCUGGCGCUGUACGCGCUGGGCAGUGGUGGCCCCGGCCCACGCUCCCCGCCCGGCUGUCCCCCGCGUCGUCUGGGCGCUCGCGAGCGCCGCGACAUGCAGCGCGAGAUCCUGGCGGUGUUCGGGCUGCCCGGGCGGCCCCGACCCCGCGCGCCGCCCGCCGCCGCCCGCCUGCCCGCCUCGGCGCCGCUCUUCAUGCUGGACCUCUACCACGCCAUGGCCGGCGACGACGACGAGGACGGCGGGUCCCCGGAGCGGCGCCUGGGCCGCGCGGACCUGGUCAUGAGCUUCGUCAACAUGGUGGAGCGAGACCACACCCUGGGCCACCAGGAGCCCCAUUGGAAGGAGUUCCGUUUUGACCUGACCCAGAUCCCGGCAGGGGAGAGAGUCACAGCCGCAGAGUUCCGGAUUUACAAGGCGCCCAGCACCCGCCCACUCAACAGGACACUCCGUGUCAGCAUGUUCGAGGUGGUGCAGGAGAGAUCUAACAGGGAGUCUGACUUGUUCUUUUUGGAUCUUCAGACGCUUCGAGCUGGGGACGAGGGCUGGCUGGUGCUGGAUGUCACAGCAGCCAGUGACCGCUGGCUGCUGAGCCGUAACAAGGACCUGGGACUCCGCCUCUAUGUGGAAACUGAGGACGGGCACAGCAUGGAUCCUGACCUGGCUGGUCUGCUGGGGCAACGGGCACCACACUCCAGACAGCCUUUUGUGGUCACUUUCUUCAGGGCCAGUGUGAGUCCGGUCCGUGCCCCUCGGGCAGUGAGGCCACUGAAGAGGAGGCAGCCGAAAAGAACCAACGAGCUGCCGCACCCCAACAGACUCCCGGGGAUCUUUGAUGACAUCCACGGCGCCAGUGGCCGGCAGGUUUGCCGUCGGCACGAGCUCUAUGUCAGCUUCCAGGACCUCGGCUGGCUGGACUGGGUCAUCGCCCCUCAAGGCUACGCUGCCUAUUACUGUGAGGGGGAGUGCUCCUUCCCGCUGGACUCCUGCAUGAAUGCCACCAACCACGCCAUCCUGCAGUCCCUGGUGCACCUGAUGAAGCCGGAUGCAGUCCCCAAGGCGUGCUGUGCGCCCACCAAGCUGAGCGCCACCUCGGUGCUCUACUAUGACAGCAGCAACAACGUCAUCCUGCGGAAGCACCGCAACAUGGUGGUCAAGGCCUGCGGCUGCCACUGAACCCGCCCACCCAGCCCUGCUGGCCGCCCCUUCCCAUCCCGGUCAGGUGCCGCUCCAGGGUCAGGACGCCCUCAGACCCCGCCAGGCUGGCCCUUGAAAUCCUGUCCGUGUCCCUCCCUGUGUCAUGCUGGGGUUGUUUGCUCCUCUCUAGGCCCCUGUAUUCCCCAUCCCAACUGAUGUGUGUGCCCCUCCUGCCUCUAGCCCUGGUGGUCUGACUCACAGUGUGCUACCCAGUGCCCCACAAGCCUGAGCCAUAUAGUGACCAGCUCUUUGGGGCUGGCACAAAAUUCCUGACCAUGCUCAUCAGUGGCCUAAGCUGUGGGUGGAUGUGGGAUGACCUAGGAGGUACCUGGACCAUGACUAGCCACCGUGGGCUCCUCAUUAUUCAUCACAGGGGUUGGAAAUGUAUAAAGAGGGUCUCCUCCCUACCUGGUUUGUCUGUCCCUCCCAAGUGCAAGGCUGGGCAUUUCUGGAGAGUAGUUAAAAAGCCUUGAUGUUGGGUCAGCGCCUGUGGCUCAAGAGGCUAAGGUGCAAGACACAUAGACCUGAGCUGGUAGGUUGAAUCCAACCCGGGCCCACAAAACAAUGACGGCUGCAACCAAAAAAUAGCCAGGCAUUGUGAUGGGCAUCUGUAGUCCCAGCUACUUGGGAGGCGGAGGCAGGAGAAUCACUUGAGGCCAGGAGUUGGAGGUUGCUGUGAGCUGUGAUGCCACAGCACUCUACCUAUGGCAACAGCUUGAGGCUGUCUCAAAAAAAAAAAAAGGCUUUGAUGUUGUAUAUUCAUGGUUGUGAAUUACUGAUCCAGUGACCACAGGUAGGCAUGUGGGGUCCACUCAAAAGAAAAAAAAGGGCUGAAUGAACUGUAUGAUUUAGUGCUAAAGCCAAUGGCAUUUAUCUUCUGUCUUCCUGUGUCUGCCUGCCAUGUGGGAAAGAAAUACAGUACAUGGUCAUUUUGUUUUGGAGAAACAGAAACGUAUCAGAAGCUUCCAACUGAUGCCUCUAUCUGCCACCAUGUUGACCCAUCAGAUGCUCAGCUCUGUCGCCAAGUUUUCGCUGAGCAAGCAUGGUUGUUGCAUUGGGUGGCCCAGAAUGACUAUGCACAGUACAGAUACUGUCAUUUCCCUUUCCUCUCUCUUGGCAGACAUCAAUAAUCAAUCUUGGUAUUUUUUCUUCUGAAUCUGGAUAGAACUGCCAAAUGAUCAGCAGGCAGUCAUGGCUAACAGAUCAAAGUUGGCCUGUGACGUGAAAACCAUUCACCAUCUUCUGCCAUGCUCAGGAGCAAUCCAUUUCCCCGGAGCUAUGUAUCUGCAACACCAGGCAGCCUGUGGCCAGGCCAGGGGUGAGACCAGGAGCUGUCAGAAACAAGCUGGUCACCAAAGUUUGCGUCACUCUGGAUGCCCAGCAGUCUUGCCCUGUCUUAGGCUUGUGAGUCAAAGAAAAGGCCCCUGUCCCUGGAAGUGACAGGGGGUCAUUAGACUGAGCUGGGUGGGGAGGUAUGUUUCAGCCCCUGCUGUUUCGGGAAAUCGCUGUUCUCCCUGGAGCAGCUGUUGGGACCUGGGGUGUUAAUUUGAUUUCUGACUUGCUAGGCCUGUAAUUUAUCUGCUGGAACAGAGUCUGGCUGCCUGACUGUGCCAUUAAAAGCAAACCCAGGCACAGCCUGGAGAGGUGGAGCCACCCAUGUGCCCAAGGAUGCGCCUCUCUGGAAUUCACAUGCUGCACCCCUAGGAGGGGCCUGAAGGAGGGCAGCGCUGGCCAGAGGGCUGGAGGCUGGGCCCUGCUGCAGCACAACAGCCCCUCCACCUGAACCAGGGAGGGCCUCCAUGUCCAAGCAGAGGAAGACACCCUUGGAUGUAUAUGAGGCUGGGCUCAGGCUAUUGGGAAGGUGUUAAGUUCCCCAUCAGUGUAGAGAUCUCAGCUUUGGUUUGGAUGUAGGGAGUCCUGACUUACAGGUUAGCUUCCUUCUCUGGGCCUCAGUUUUUCAUCUAUAACAGUGGCUCUCAACCUGUGGGUCGCCACCCCUUUGUAACAGUGAAAAUAUAUCACGGCAUUGAGAACCACUGAUCUAUAACAUGAGGGAAUUGGACUUAUUGAUUUCCAAAGGGCCUUCAGCUAGGGAGUCCAUCUCUGUUUAUCAGCACCUUCACAACCCUAAAUGGAGCUCAAACGGCUGUCCCAAAGCAGAGUUGGCAUGUAACAUAGAACCUAUUUGCUAUUCUAGUACUUACUUAAUGAUUCUUCUCAACAGCAAGGAUCAUCUUUUAGGCAAUUGUAAAUUUUAAAUAAGUGAACUAUUUGACAGCUAAUUUUUUACUUCACCUGGUCUCUUUAGUGCUCAGCCAAUGGUCUGGCAUAGUUAAGGGUGCAGCCGGAAUAUCCGUCAAGUCACCUAAACAUUUGCAGGUGUGGAGCAUACCUUGUUGAUCCUUUUGCCUACCUACCUGGCCAUCGGACUUCCAGCAACUUUUGCCAUCCAGAUAGAUGAUCAGCAAAUGAAAUCCAAUAGAAAACCUCCUGAGCAGCGAGACAGUUGUGCAUGGACACAAAGCCCAUGUGUUUUAUUCCAUUGUGUGUUUGCUGAGCCAGGCACGACAGUUGCAGGAGGGAGGCCAGGCUGGCCACAUGGAUAACACCAUCUCCCUUUUUAUUGUCUAGAGCAGCGGAUCUCAAUCUGUGGGUCGUGACCCCUUUGGGGGUUGAACGACUCUUUCACAGGGGUCGCCUAAGACCAUGCUGCAUAUCAGAUAUUUAUAUUAUGAUUCAUAACAGUAGCAAAAUUAUGGUUUUGAAGUAGCAAUGAAAAUAAUUUUAUGGUUGGGGGUCACCACAACAUUAGGAACUGUAUUAAAGGGUCGUGGCAUUAGGAAGUUUGAGAACCACUGGUCUAAGGUAUGGCCAGUUUAUCUGUGGCACCAGACUAGAAGGAUAAAUAAGGGCAGUCAGUUCAGAUCAGUGACAGCCAUGACAUAUAUAAAAAUAGGCUAAGGAGAAAUGCCCAGCAGUCUUGGUACUUGCAGUGUAAUACUGGCCCCGAGGCCAAGUCAGCAGAGGGUUAUGUGUUUACUGCUUUCUAAGGAAGGUAGGGAAGUAAACGUGUUCUGGAAAAAUUCCAAAUGGGAAAAUAGGCAGCAUAGUAAGAGUACAGAUUUUUGAAGCCAAAUGGAUUAGAAUCCUUGUUCUGCUUUUUCCUUUACAGAACAGGAUAUUGGUUCCUUCCGCCAAAAGCUAUUAUAAAAAUUAAGUAUGUACACAAAUAUUUGAGAUCUCUGGCAUAUAAAUGCUUAAUAAUUGGGAUUUGUUGGUAAUAUUACAAAUAAAUUUGCUUUUGAGUCACUUCUAUGCCUAUGAAAACAGAAUGUGUUCUACAGGUGUUGGUGUAUUUAUUCCAGAGCUGUGCUUCUCCCUAAGACAUCCCGUAUGCGGCAUUCCGUGGAGAAGGACUUGUAUUCUCACUGCCUUUGAAGGCCUGGCAAAGCGUCUCAUCUGUGGCAGUGGCUGGGCUCUUGUGUUCCCAGAUACAUGAGGAUCCUACAUCCUGCUGAGAGAGGUCUGAACUGAUCAGGGCAGUGUAUAGCAAUGUGAAUGCAGGAAUUGCCCAAUUUGAAUGGGGGAAUUCCUAUACUACUUAUAGGAAAGCCUGUGCAAGCACUUACCCCUUUUUUAAAAAAUGCUUUUCAUUUCUUAAAAACAAUAGUGCAGCUUUGGAGGCAAGUGGGAUACAUAACAAAAUACAAUUCAGAUAAACACAUUAAUAUUUUGGUGACUAUUUCUAGGCAUUUUUCUUAAGAUACAUACACAAAUCCCCUUGUGCACAUCCUACAGAGAUGUUCAGGAAAUUGCCAUCACGUUGUGCUAUAUAAAUUACUUUGUGAAGUGCCUCCUCCACUUUGGUUUCUUAUCACCUGAACUUUACAAGACUCCAUUUUCACCAAUAAAUAGUUCUAUAAUUCCUUCCUUGGAGGGUUCCUGUGAGGCUGUCAUGACCGUGACAGAUGUCAGCAGCAUCUGGAGGCAGCUGUCAGAGGAAACUUGAGCAGUCAAAACAUGGAUCCUGGGCCACUAUCCCUGGCCUCUAGCUUUGUGUAGCCGUUAUAAGGUCAGCACGCAGAUGGGCUCAAUUCUGAAUGACUUUAGGAAAUGAAUCAGCAAAGUGGAGUCCUGCGCCCUCAGUCCUGGUGCUGGAGUAAUGAAGCAACAGGAACAUGGACCUGGGAGGUCACUUGGGAUAAGAGCCAAGCUGUCCUAGGGAAAGCAGCUUUGCCCUCCAGGUUGCAGUGAAGGGUCCUGCAGUGCCUCUGGGUCAAUUUUCCACAUACGUCAGAGCCCUCCUGAGGCAACUGUUGGGCACACUGCUUGCUGCUCAGGCUCUGGAGCCCCCUCCUCUCCCCUCCUGUCUGUCAGAGAAAGACCCUGUUCCCUCUGUCUCCCUGUGGGCAAUGAUGGGGACCAUGAAUGUGUCUUCCUCCAAGACCUUGGGCACCACCUGCCACAGAUUAAGGCCAGAGCCCAGCAAACCCCCCAAGAUCCCAUUACUACUGGGGAGAGACAGGCCAAGCUUCUAAUCCCAGCUCUGCCACAUCACCUGAGCUCCGGUUUACCUGAGCAGGGUUCCAGUGUGAUUCAAUGAGAUAACACCUAUGGACACCAAGUAAAGGACUGGGAGAGGAGUGGGCACCCGCUGACUCCAAGCCUACUGAGCUUUCAGAGCCACCACCUCCUCAGCCAUCAGGGAGAAGCAGAAAGUGACAAGGUGAUCAUCACAGGAGUCAAUCCUCUUGUGCGAGGCUGGCUGUGCUAAGCUCUUCAGACACAGCUUCUUGGUUUGUGAACGAGCCCCAGAGUCAGUUCUAUCGUCCCCUACUUCACAAAUGCCUGCCCUAAUAUUUGUGACUCACCCAUGAUGAGUGAUUCUGCAGUUUGCACUGUGGCUCCGUGCUUUAAGGGUCUCUUUUGUGAGCUCCAUAGAGGUCAGGGGGAACGUGGUCCAUCCCAGCUGUGUGCAGUCAGAUACAGCCAACUGCAGCAAGAGCUCAGAAAAUCCAUUUGGCACACAAUAGCCAGAGGUAAGGCCAGAAUGCCACCACCCCUAUCCUAGGUCAUCAGGUCACAGGUAGCAGGCCCUUUCUGCCCAUUCAGAACUCUACUCAAGAUGUCAAAGCCCAGCCCAGUGGAUUCUGAAUGGUUUGAGUAACCCAACUCACAGGAAGGUGUCCAGUAGGGACACCAGGGCUCCCACUUUCAAUCCCUGCUCAGAGCUUUCAGCAGAUGACGGAUUCUUUAACAUCACCUGGCUGAGCAGCAUCUGGAGGAGAAGGGGGAGAAGCCAGCCUGGCUCAAGCUCCAAGCAGCUCCUGGAGCACACAGGAGGGCCAGACUGUGAGCUCGGCAGAGGGCAGAGCCACUUGCUCUGUUCAGUGGUCAGCGAACUUUUUCUAUAAAGGCUCAGACAGUAAAAACAUAAACAUUUAGGCUUAGAGACUGUGAUGGUUAAUUUUAUGUGUCAACCUAGCUAGGCCAUGGUACCCAAUUUUUGGUCAAAUGUUGGUCUAGAUGUUGCUGUGAAGAUUAUUUUUUAGAUGGACUCAUAUUUAAGUUAGUAGAAUAAAUACAGCAGAUUGGAAUAUUACCCUCUAUAAUGAAGGUUGAAAGCCUUAGGAGAGAAAAAGGUUGAGGUCACCAGAGAAGAAAUGCUAUCUCCAAACUGCCUUUGGACUUGAACUACAAGCCUCCAGCCUGCUGGUCAGCCAUGCAGGUUUCAGACUUGCUGGCCCCCACAACUACAUGAGCUAAUUCCUUAAAAUAUAUCUCUCAUCCUAUUGGUUCUGUUUCUCUGCAGGACUCUGACUAAUACAGGACUAUGCAGCAUUUGUUGCCAACUACUCAACUCUGCUGCUGUAGUGAAACCAGCCAUAGAGAAUAUGUAAACAGAUGGAUGUGGCUGUGUUCCAAUAAAACUCUAUUUCCAAAAACAGGCCAUGGACCACAUCAGGUCCAUGUAGUUUGUUGACCUUAUGUCUCCUGACAAAUAAGCAUAUUAUCUGGUACAGAGAAAGCAAUUUGAAUUAUAGAAUAUCAAUUAAAAAAACCUGUAGAAUGAAGGUGAACAAAUAAAUGACUGAAUCACUGAUCAGUGGACCUGCUGGCUGUAAGACUGGCAGCUGAGGCAGGGAAAACGGGACUUUCCCACUAUCUUUGAUUUCCAUUGACCUGACGUGGUCUGACAAGGACACUGUGUGAAGAUGUAUCAUUUGGCAUCUAAGGGGACUGGUCCAUGGAGGAAAUAAAAGCUAUGGGGAAGAGGCUCAGAGGCUAGGGCACCGGCCACGUAUGCCAGAGCUGGUGGGUUCAAAUCCAGCCCAGGCCUGCCAACAACAAUGAUGACUACAACCAAAAAAAAGCCAGGCAUUGUGCAGGCACCUAUAGUCCCAGCUGCUUGGGAGGCUGAGGCAAGAGAAUCGCUUGGGCCCAAGAGUCUGAGGUUGCUGUGGGCUGUGACGCCACAG